AUGCGGGCUAUAUUUCUGAAAUACAAGUUCUCCCUGAAGUACAGAGAAAAUAAAGAGCAACUGGCUUGGGUUUGCUGUGCAAAAAAGGAUUCUGAUCUUAAUGCAGCUCAAACGAAACUUCAAGAGGUUGAAGCAGUGCUAAAUACUAAGGAAGCUGCGCUGGCCACAGCUCUUAGUGAUAAGAGAAGUCAGGAACAAAAAGUUGAGGAUUUAAGAGCUCAAAUUGUGGAGCUUGAGGUUUCUUUAACUACGGCCAAGAAAGAGCUUGCAGAUGAAACUUUACAGAAGGUGGAUUUUGAAAAUCGUUGUCAGAGCCUCAUUGAGGAUUUGGAAUUCCGUAAGAAUAUGUAUGAGGAGGAAAUGAAGGAGACGAGAAGAAAACAUGAAAGUCUCUUAGUUGAAGUUGACUCUGGGCGUCAAACAGAAUAUCAGUAUAAACUGGCCCAAGCAUUGAAGGAAAUAAGAGAACAGUAUGAUGCACAAAUGAAACUGUACAAAGAGGAGCUCAGACAGGCUUAUAGUAACAGGCUUGAAAAUGUUAGACAGUCAUCUGAGAUGCACAGUUGUACAGCCAACACAAUAAGAGAAGAACUUUGUGAAAGUCGUAUGCGAAUUGAAUCACUGUCUUCCUAUAUCACCAAUAUUCAGAAAGAGUGUAGAGCAUGGCAAGAUAGAGUGCAUGAGCUUGAGGACACCUUGUCCAAGGAACAGGAAAACUUCCGCAGAAUACUGGCUGAGAAUGAGAGAGAAGUGACAGAGAUGAGAAAUCGAAUGCAGCAGCAGUUUAGUGACUACGAACAACUUCUGGAUGUUAAACUGGCGCUUGAUACGGAAAUCAGUGCAUACCGGAAAUUGCUGGAGAGUGAAGAGGAGAGGUAUGAAAGAACGUGGCAACAUGGUGACACUGUGUGCUUGCUUGUCUAACUGUUAAAAGGCAGU